AUGUUAAAACUUAAUGAUGCUAUCUCUGGUGUUUCAGUCUGGCAGCUCAGUAAUCCAGACAGUGUAGGGUUUAAUUUGCACAGAAACAAAUCAUUUUAUCUUUUCUUUCCCAGCAACAAGCAUGUGAAAGAAUUAAAAAAACGUGAGGAAGAGGUGCGGAGUCUUCAAGUAGUUGUACCAGGAGUAAAAAUACACAUAGGAGAAGAAGGGAACUCUAAGGAAAAUGAAGUGACUCCUAAUAAAGAAAACAAUAAUAAAGUGGGAGAAAUACCAGAGUCUGCUACAAUAACGGAUGUCCCUCAAGAGAACUGUGCUGAAACAGAUAAAGAGAUUAUAGAUGUUGAAUCACAGCACAUGAACGAAGAUACCACUGAAAAACAAAAAAAGAAAAACUGGAGGAAAUAUCUUCCUUUUACUAAAAAAACCAAUCCACCUCCUGAGAACGGUGUGGAAACAGAUAAAGAGCUAAAGGAAAGUGGGAAGAAACUACUAAAACUACUAAAUCUACUAAAAUUAGUAAAACCACGAAAACCAGAAUUAGCAGAGGAAACAGAUGAACAGAACAAGAAACUUGAUGAAACGCAAGUAGAGGAAGUUGAUCAGAAGAAGAAAAAAAGAAAAUGGAAAUGGAAAUGGAAAAAGAAAAGGGCAGAAAUGACACUUCUCCCGAGAUAA